AUGUCUUCACAGCUGCAUCGAGUUGAAAAAGAUACUUUAGGUGGAGAAAGAGAGCGUAUGCCAGAACCUUUGAUAAAAGCAUUUGGAAUAUUAAAGAGAGCUGCUGCAACUGUUAAUAUGACCUAUGGACUUGAUACAAAAAUAGGUAACUCCAUCGUUCAAGCUGCUGAUGAGGUUAUUGGAGGAAAACUUAUGGAGCAUUUUCCAUUAGUGGUUUGGCAAACAGGAUCUGGAACUCAAACAAAUAUGAAUGUUAACGAGGUUAUUGCAAAUAGAGCCAUUGAAUUAUUAGGCGGACAACUUGGUAGUAAAAAUCCAGUUCAUCCUAAUGAUCAUGUUAAUAUGAGCCAAUCUUCCAAUGACACUUUCCCAACAGCAAUGCAUGUUUCUUCUUCAAUAGAGAUUAAUAAAUCACUUAUUCCUGAAUUGACCAAUUUACGUGAUGCCCUUGCUGAAAAAUCAAAAGAUUUUGGAAAAAUUAUUAAAAUAGGAAGAACUCAUUUACAAGAUGCUACACCACUUACUCUUGGUGAUGAAUUUUCUGGUUAUGUGCAACAAUUAACAUUUGGUAUAGAAAGAAUUAAAUGUACCUUACCAAGAUUAUAUUAUUUGGCUCAAGGUGGUACUGCAGUUGGUACAGGUUUAAAUACACGUAAAGGUUUUGAUGUCAAUAUAGCAAAUGAAAUUUCAAAAAUUACUGGGCUCCCUUUCCAAACUGCACCCAAUAAAUUUGAAGCAUUAGCUGCUCAUGAUGCCAUAGUUGAAGCGAGUGGUGCUCUUAAUACAGUUGCAGUUUCUUUAACAAAGAUUGCUAAUGACAUACGACUUCUAGAAAUUUCACUGCCUGAAAAUGAACCUGGGUCUUCCAUUAUGCCUGGUAAAGUCAAUCCAACACAAUGUGAAGCCAUGACAAUGGUUGCUGCACAAGUUAUGGGUAAUCAUACUACAAUCACAAUAUCUGGAUCAAAUGGUCAUUUCGAAUUGAAUGUCUACAAGCCAGUUUUAAUCAAAAACCUCCUUCACUCAAUUCGUAUUCUCUCUGAUGCAUGCCGAUCAUUUAGAAAAAAUUGUGUUGUUGGAAUUAAAGCGAAUGAAGAAAGAAUUGAUAAGGUCAUGCAUGAAAGUUUGAUGUUGGUAACUGCAUUGAAUCCAUUUAUCGGAUAUGAUAAUGCUGCUGCUGUCGCUAAGAAAGCUUAUAAAGAAAAUACAACGCUUAAAGAAGCAGCAAUUAAAUUAGGUGUAUUAACUUCUGAACAAUUUGAUCAAUGGGUGAAACCUGAAAAUAUGAUUGGUCCAAAAUAA